CCAAUCCCAGACAUCCCAGCGCUGCACCUGGAUCUCUCGAGAGCAGGAACACCUUUAGCAGGCCUGUUGCACACCCGCGAUGCGAACAUGGCCGAAGAGGAAAACCUGCAGACCGUCUGUGACUUUACCGGCAGCUCGGACACGGAGCUUAUGCGCCGUGCCUUGAGGGCUAAGAACAACGAUGUGCAAGCCGUCAUCAGCGAAUACUUUGAGAGCACGGAAAAGUUCGUCGACCGAUACUCGUAUUCCGAGGCACCAUUCCAGGCCGACCGCAAUGGCUCCUACAACCAAGAUGGCAACUUUAUGGCCCCGACAUUCAUGAUACAAGGCCCAGACGAUGGGGGUGCGGUACUUCAUGGCGUGCCACCCAGUGUUCCGCCGUCGCGGCCGCCAUCCCGAUCAGACAACAGGUCUCCUAUGAGCAGGAUGAUGAACUGGGCGUCAGAAAACGCAGGCGCACCCACCACUCGAGCACAAGAGGAUGCCGACUACCAACGUGCCCUGGCAGAGUCCAGGGCAUCAUCCGGUUUGGAAGCCGCGCCACAGGAGAGCGGGGUGGUGGGUUCAAACGGGCAGGAUGUCUACCAGCCUUUCUUCGGACCGGCCGUGCGGGACAAUUACGAGCAGUCGCAGUGGGCUAUGGUCCCCGUCGCACAGGAAAAGCCAGAUCCCCUACCAGCAGAGCGAAAGAGGAACCAAGGAAUUCCCCCGUUUCUCAGGUGUCGCAGGACGGGAUCUCCGAGCGAGCAGCACCGACUUGGCGCCCUGUUGACAAUAUUACAUCAGAUACCAGCAGCGCGCAACUUUUUUCUCGAGCUUGAGGCCAACACGGGAACUUAUGGAAUCAACAACCAGUGGUGGAAGGGCGAGGCAAUCCCGCCUCCUCCACGAGAGGACCAACAGGAGGCCAUUCCCGACGACGGAGGCUGGCAUGAAUAUAAGUCGGAAGGCCCCCCGGCGGGUCUGGUGGAGGAGUUGCACCGCUUGAUGGCAUUCCUCGACAUAACGGAUCGCAGCUACGGACAGGCCGAUGUGCUAGCAGACCUUGUCCGGGCCUCGACUUACCAGAGCAACAGUGCCGUGGAGUUGAAGCUGUUUGAAAUAAUGCAGGAAUCUAUCAACAUUCCUAGCCGUGUCGUCAGAAACGUGUUUUGGAGCAUAGAGACGUAUCGAUUCGCGGUGCCGGUCCAGGAACACGUCUGCGACGAGGCAUUUACUUUCGGUAUCAUUGAUCUUAACCUAUCGAGUGCCGCCUACGCCAAGAUGGAGAGUCUUUACGACGCCUGGGACGAGCUAUUGUGGAUCGAUGCUCAUAGUACUGAGAACGAAGAAUCUCUCCGAACGGCUGCCGUUACCAAACCUGGAGACGUGUUGGCCAUGAACUUUAGCGGCGAGGGCGAACUGUCACCAUCAAGACCUGUCGACAUACCGGCCGUUUUCUACGUCGAUCGAUAUUUGGCGGAGAACGUCGAAGGACACUCGAUGGAGCAACAGCUGCGGAUCAGGCAACAGAGGCGGGUACUGGCAGAGCUUGAGGAGCGGGAGAGGUUGGAGACGCAGUGGUGGAACCCCAGGGACAUGACCUGGAAGGACAGGAUAGCGCUCAGCGAGAAGGUGGUUGAAGACCGGGUCGAGAAGGAGAAGUCUUUAAAGUUCAAGGUGCUCCGCCGAAGGUGGUUUGAGUGUGUCGACACGCCUGACUAUUUUCAUUUUAUCCCAGGUUGGAUGGAUGACAAGCUCGCCUUCUCCGAUGCAGAGAGGGCAAAGCUCAAGCAGUGGCAGCGGGACCGACAGUUCCACGAGGCAGUUAUUGCAGAUAUCAAGAACAAGAAACAGGGUGAGAAGAAUGACACGUUCAUGGCGCAAUACGCAAGGAUUCGGAGCGAGGCAAAUGCCGAGAUCAAACGCUGGACCCAGAGAUUCAGUGUCCCCUGCCCCGAGGACAACUGGAACCCGGUGCAUACGUAUCACCUCCGCGGAGUCGCGACAUCGCCCAACACGAUGUAUUUGGCACAGCGUGCGGAGCCGGAUCUUAUCGAGAUGGAGGGCAACCCGACACCGACAGAUCAAUGGUGGAAGUUGUCAUAUGUCGCCGAGGACCGGGAGAAUCCGCUCAAGAUCGCAACCUCGUCGAUUGAUGAGGCACGCAAGGCGGCCUACACGGAAAGCACACGGCCGAUUUUGGUUUACGCCAACGACUCGGCCUUGGAAACGAUGCCCAAGCAGUUGUCAGAGGCAUUGCGAACGUUUGUCAAGUUUGACAAUAGAGUGUUUAAGCAGGAGCUGAUCGAGCAGACGCCGGACGCAGUGAUGAGGUCACCGCCUGCGCUGCCAGCGAGGAGCAACACGCCUUUACAACAACAGCCGCCGCCGUCUCUGGUGUCUUUCUCGACAGAAUCAGUUCCGGGAACCAACAGCAGAGCUAUUCAAACCAGCAGCGCAGAAGUGUUUCCGGGCCGCACCGACGGAGCUGGCGACCAGCCCGCGGUUGAAAUGACAGAGGUCAGGAUGGUGGAACAGCUGGACCAGCGGGAGUCAAAUUAGUCGCUGUUCCUGAAAACCCCCCCNNCCCCCCCCCAGAUAUGACUGAAAAGCGCGCGCUGGUUACUGGCGCCACCGGGCUCCUCGGACGUGAGGUUGUCAGGGCAUUCCAACUCAAGCAGGGCUGGGCCGUGACGGGGACGGCCUUUUCUCGCGCUGAUGGCGUGUCCACGCUGAAGGCUGACCUGGCUAAUGAGGCCGAAGUUGAGAAAGUGCUUGAUCAGGUCAAGCCUCAUGUGGUUGUGCAUUGCGCCGCCAACAGAUUCCCCGACAAGGUGGACCAGGACCCAGAGGGCACGAGACGUCUCAACGUUGCCGCGACGGCGUCGCUGGCUCGUCUCUGCGCGGCCAGGGACGUGGUGCUCAUCUACAUCUCCACCGACUAUGUCUUCUCUGGCCGGCCCGGUGAGGCUCCGUACGCGGCCGGAGCGGCGACGGGUCCCACCAACCUGUACGGCCAGACCAAACUCGAUGGCGAAAAGGCCGUUCUCGAGGAGAUGGCGGCCAAGGGGCGUGGUGUGGUCUUGAGGGUGCCGGUGCUGUACGGACACGCCGAGACCCCCGGGGAGAGCGCGGUCAACGUCCUCAUGGACGUGGUCUGGAAGGCCCAGGAAUCCGAGACCAAGAUCAAGAUGGACCACUGGGCUAUUAGGUACCCAACCAAUACCGAGGAUGUCGGGCGGGUCUGUGCUGACGUCGCGGAGAAAUACGUCGACGCCCAAGACGCAAAGUCGCUGCCGACGGUGCUUCAGUUCUCGAGCGAGGACAAGCUCACCAAAUACGAGAUUUGCCAGGUGUUUGGGGAGAUCAUGGGUCUCGGCAUCGAGGGGAUCGAGGCAAACACGCAGGGCAACGAUCCUAACGCGUCGGUCCAGAGGCCUUAUGACUGCCAUCUCAGCACAAAGGAGCUCAAGGAUCUGGGUAUUGACGUGUCGACUCAGGACUUUCGCGACUGGUGGAGGCGCGAGGUGAGGGCCUUUAGAAAGUGA